AGCUAAGAAAAUUGGUGACGUAUUCGUUCAUUCAAAAUGGACGAUCACAACCGAAUCCUUUUCUUGUCGUUACUUUUAACCGUCAUCUGUUCAUUGGUAACGGGUUUAAACCCUGAACAGAUGUCUGUUGUAUUAAAUGAUAUUUCCGAAAGCGAAGAUUACGUACAAUUUCUGAACGUUCCCCAGACUCUCACUAAAACUAUGGGUCUUGUGACAAAGUACAGGUGUAAGAAAAGAAGUAUCGUUGGCCUGGAACUACAGAUCAGAAUGGAAGGUGGUACGCAUAAGAAUGUAUUUAAAUCCAUUUGGGUAUGUGAAGGAGAUUCCGAGUUAAAGACGCGUAGGAACGACAUCGUUCUGCCAGAUUCGAUCGUCUACCAACCAAAUUAUUUCAACAAAUAUUCUGCAUUGAUAAGAUCAGCCAAGUUACGGGUAUGGAUGUUAGAAGAAGUGAAAUGGCGCUUAAUACCCCAAAGAUCUCUAAUGUAUGAUUUAGCUGAAGCCAAAGCGUCUUAUCCUAUUCGUGUUCAACCACCUUAUUCUCGGCCAUUGAAACCAAUUCAUGAUUGUGUUCGCUGGCCCUAUCAAUUCUGGUCUCAACUUUCAGCGAAGGAAAUACUUAAGUGCCCUUACGAAGAUGAAACUGUGAAGAUCUUGGAUUACCCUAUUGCAUUGAAUGGUUUAAACUUUGGACUGUUUCAUACCUUUAAGCCGUACAAUAACUUAAAUCUGGAGAAAACACGAUUAACUGAAAUAAAUGAGCCGAGGCUAACAGUCAGCAUGUGGAUGUAUAUAUUAGAAUAUUGUACUGGAAGUCUAACAAACCUAUGCAGUAUCAUGUAUCAUUUUGAUUGGAUGAACAACUAUUUGUCCCCUUUAUUGUUUUUUACUGACGAGGGUAAGCUCCAUGUUCAGAUGAUAAUGAAGAACGGAAGAUCUGAGGCAAAUUUAACACCAUUUAAACUUCCUCUUCAUCAAUGGUUCCGACUUGUAUUUUCUAUAGCUUCCAAUAAGUGGUCAAUCACAAUUAAUUAUGGAGAACAAUGGAAAAAUAAAUUGGAAGUAGAUCAUCAGUUUAAUACAGAUAUUCGUUACAAUGAUGUGGAGGGAAUAUUUUCAUUCGGAGGUUCUGAAUUUGUACCAGCUUUCAAAGGAUAUUUUGGUCAAGUUACAUUUUACAGACGCUAUGUUGUUGCUCCCAGGAAGAUUUCUAUGCCAAAUCCACACAGUACUAUGUUUGAGCUCAGACUGACCAGCCGAGACAAACGAUGUGAAAAUUACUUAACUUGGAUAAAGGAAAAGAUUAAAGUUUACAAGGAAAAGAAGAUGGACUUUAUCUAUAAUAAUACAUGCCAUCCUUAUUUUAUGGAGUUGAUACACAAUAAAACUACACCAAAGUGGAAAUCAAAUCAAUGUGUAAGGUAUUCCAUGUCCCCUGUACGUCAUUCCAAACUGGUGCAGAAAAUUAUCUGGAAAUUUAUCAAGAGCAAAGCUGCUGAUCAAGAACCAGAUAUGGAAAAAUUAGGGGAGGCAAUUUUUAAUAUUUCUAUCACAAAAAUUUCACACAGUUUCUUGCUCCUUGCGUCACUGAAAGGCCAUCGUUUAGCUAGCUUGGCAUUGGCACACAAACACUAUUAUGGAAUGGAUGCUGUUCCACGUCAAAUUGGUGUGGCAUACAUGUACUUCAAAUAUGUUGCGGAUAAAACACGCCAGGACCGCGAAGACCACAAAGGCACUGAUGUAAGCAUUGUCACCAUAUUACGUAUUGGCCGAGCAUUAUAUUGGGGAGCACAAGGCCUGAAAAGGAAUAUGGAAUCAGCAAUGGAAUAUUUCCGAGAAAGUGCAGCAACUGAAGAUCCAACAGCUAUGUACGACUAUGGCAUUGUGUUACUAAGGGGCCAAGGAACAAAGAAAGAUGAAGAAAAAGGCUUGGAACAAAUUAAAAGAGCAGCUGAAAAGAAAAAUCCUCAAGCCUUGAAUGCAUUGGGAUGGUAUGCACUCGCGAAACAGAAGAAUUACAAACUGGCUGCUGAAUACUUCAAAGAAUCUCAUAUAAUGGGAAACGCUGAUGCCUCUUAUCACUUAGGCCACAUGUAUUUUUCCGGCAUUUUCCCUGGUCAAGAAGCUAAUGUUGAUAAAGCUUACGAAUUUUUCGUCUGGGCUGCUCUCAAGGAACAGUUGGAAGCUGGAGUAAUGGUAGCUUAUCAGAAUAUACGUGGAACCAGUACAUUGCCAAUCAAUGAAACGCUUGCUACAGAAUGGGCGAGAUUUAUAGCUGAAAAAAAUCCUUCGCUAGGAUACAUGCUGAGGAAAGGAUUACAUGCUUUUAGGAACAAAGACGAACAGUUGGCAAUGUUUUAUUACAUGAUGGCAGCUGAAGCUGGGAUUGAAGUCGGUACUUUCAAUGUUGCUUGGCUUUGUGAAGAAAAUAAGAAAGGAUUUGUCAGCUUCAUAGCUCGAGAAUGUCAAUGGCGCAACUAUAAUCUAUCAACGCUGCGUGAAUUCCAUUUUGUUGACAAAUAUGCGCUACUAAAAAUGGGUGAUUAUAACUGGUACGGCUGUGGUGGUAAGCAGGAUCUCAAUAAGGCAACGCAAUUCUACAUGGGGGCGGCCACUAAAGGAUCUCCUCAUGGCAUUUUCAGUCUAGCACAAAUGGUAGAAGAAGGGGUACAACUUAAAGAAUGCGACCUAAAAAAACUGGGACUUCCUUUAGAAGUCGGAAAAAGCAACAUAUCUCUGAUAUUUGAACUUUACAAUCGGUGUAAAGAAUCGCAUAACACUGAUGCUUACAUUCCAUGUUCUAUUGCUUUAUGGAAAGUUCAAAUGCUUUAUGUAUGGAAGCACUAUCAUCUAUGGAUGAAGGUGUCAAGUCUCUUUGGACUGACUCUGGUCACGGCGGGUUUAGUGUACAACCUUAUAAAAAGUUACCAACAGAUUGAUUCAGUGAGCACAGUGUGAACAGAUCUGGAAUAACGAAGCCAUGCAUCUCAUAUUCAAGCAC